AAAGAAAGGAUUUGCAAAUGGAGGUGGCAGAAACGGUCACUCUUUGAACGACAAAAGAUACAUGUGUAGCCAUGUCCGACUCUCUGUAUGAGAAGUUUUUGGCCCCGGAGGAGCCUUUCCCUCUCCUCUCUCAGAGAGCCAACCUCAGUGAUGUGGGAACUCUGGACGUCAGCGACUUUGGCUGUCAGCUCUCCUCUUGUCACAGGACAGAUCCUCUACACCGCUUCCACAGCAACAGGUGGAACCUUACAUCCUGUGGGACCAGCGUUGCCAGCUCAGAGUGCAGCGAGGAGCUCUUCUCCUCUGUGUCUGUGGGCGAUCAGGACGACUGUUACUCCCUCCUGGAUGACCAAGAACUAACAUCUCUGGACCUGUUUCCAGAGGGCAGCGUCUGCAGCGACGUCUCCUCCUCUAUCAGCACCUACUGGGACUGGUCCGACAGCGAGUUUGAGUGGCAGUUGCCAGGAAGUGACAUUGCCAGCGGUAGCGAUGUCCUCUCUGACAUCAUUCCAAGUGUGCCAAGUUCACCCUGUUUGUUUUCUAAGAGGAAGCCCAAGCCUCAUCCUCAUCGCAACCUGGAUGAGCUGCCCUGGAGUGCCAUGACCAACGAUGAACAGGUCGAGUACAUUGAGUACUUGAGUCGGAAGGUCAGCACAGAGAUGGGUCUGAGAGAGCAGCUGGACAUCAUCAAGAUCAUCGACCCCUGCGCUCAAAUCUCUCCAACAGACAGCGAAUUCAUCAUAGAGCUCAACUGUCUCACAGACGAGAAGCUCAAACAGGUGCGGAACUACAUCAGAGAGCACAGCCCCAGGCAGCGAGCCAGCAGCACCAGAGAAGGAUGGAAGAGGAGCAGCCACAGCAGCGCCAGCACCGGCGGCGUCAGUGGAGCCAGCAGCAGUAACGCCAGCAUGGUCAGCUCCGCCAGCUCCUCCACCGGCUCCACGGCCUCCAACUCUGUAGCAGGUGGUACAGCUUCAGCCUGUAGUGGAAGCAGUGUGGCCAACAUUAGCAGAGCUCACAGUGAUGGCAACCUGUCCAGCGCUGCCGAACGCAUAAGAGACUCUAAAAAACGUUCAAAGCAGCGUAAGCUUCAGCAAAAAGCCCUCCGGAAACGGCAGCUGAAAGAGCAGCGCCAGGCCCGCAAAGAGCGGCUGAGCGGCUUGUUUCUGAAUGAGGAGGUGCUGUCGCUGCGGGUGACGGAGGAAGACGACCAUGGCGACGACCUGGACAUACUGAUGUGACACCAGUGAACGAAUCAGUGCUCCCUCUACGUCUGCUCUCUCACCACUCAGGCGCUACCGUAGAAGCUCAUAGAUCCUGCUAACCCAUAGACCUAAACAGACCACCGUGCGCUUUAGCUUUAGCUAACAUCCUCAUAAUGCAUUUUGUAACACUAAAGUCUGACAGGCACUAGUAGCUUCUAGUAGUUUCGAACAUAUUGCUUGCUAAUACUAGUUUAACACUGCUAGUGCUAAAAAUGACUAAUCAAUGCUAAGCUACAGUAAUAGUGCAAAUAUUCUGCUAAUGCUUUGAUAGAUACCGACCUCCGCCUAGCCUGCUGCUGCUACAGCCUAGAAGCCCGCAGAUGCACAUAGAUAUAAACAAGUUAUUUCAGCUGAAUAUAAUCCACAUGAGGAUUGCUUAUAGAGGCUGUAACAGCAGAUAUCCACUGCUACUAAUACAACCACCACUGGCAGAGAGACAGAUCAGGCAAGAGAGCAGAGUCUGGCCAAAUUAUACCCCACCCCCCCUUUGCAUUAUUAUACUAUUAUAUUAUCAUUAUAUCGGUGGUAUAAAAUUAUCUUAAAGUUACAAUAAUAUAAUUUAUCGCGAUAAUUUUUUACAACAAUAUAUCGUCCAACAAAAGUGUAAUUUUCAGUUAAUAAGUCACUUUAUUAAGUUUUUGACAUUUUUUCAGGUGAGAGAGAAACCAUGUAGAUUCCCAGUGUGCGGUCAGCCUGUUUGGAAAUUUUGCUCUGACGUUUUCAAAGGAGGAUACAAAAGAUGAAAUCCAACACUUGUAGCUGCCGUAUUAGUUUGAAUGUAAAGUGUAGCUUCAUGGUUUUACCGGACAGAACCACAGCGCCACUUACAGGGCUCUAUAUGUACAGAUAUCAUCACAUUUACAUAAAUGUCAUCUUUUUUUUUUCUUUUUUUUUUUUAAACCUUAGUAGUAGUUUUCACUCAUCUGCCCACAAAUACAUGCAUCCUCUACGGUGCUGUAUCGGCACUGGCCAAACUCGGUUCCUCUGUAGCUUUAGUGUAAACCGCUGCAGGGCUAGGUUACCACAGACUGGGGCAAAUACCUCAAGGCCUACAGACAAUGUGGCUAGAGUUUAAAGUAUCAGUGUCAGCAGUUUCAACAUGUAAAAUCUGGCCAAAGCAAACAGAACAAAAUCGUGAACUCAAACCAUCACAAGUAUAAGCAAAUUCUAUAGGGGGAGAAGUCUUCAUCCUGAUAACCACUCUGUGCAGAUGCUGGUUUCUUUGUGCAGAUAAAUGUGACAAAUCCGACAAUAAGUAACACAUAUUUAAGACAUUUUCUGACGUGGAAACUGGAGCGAGCUGGUCUGUCUUUCUAUCUGCUGAGUGUCGUGGUCCCAUUUCACUCUCAAGGCUUAGAGGGAGCACUGAAGCACUGCAUGUUUAAACUGUCACCCACACCGAGUCUCUGUGUGGUUCAGUAACAACUUGCAUCAUUAUUUGCAAAAUAGCUUAUCUUUGUUGUAAAUACGUGAUAAAUAACAGCAUAUUUACCGCUUGCUUUCAAGGUUUCCUUGGUGAUAAAGGUUUAAUUUAAAGUUUUUUUCCUCUAUGUGUGUAUAUAUUAUGACAUGGUAGUGAAUGAAUUGGUCAUCAAAGCUUAAAUGCUAUAAAUUGCCACUGGUUCUUUUGAGUCUUAUUUUAUCACCAUUUAGUUGUUUUUUUGUUAUAAGUACUUUUGAGUUGUGUCAUCGUCUCAGACAUCUUUUGAACGUCUUGAUAUUGACCCUGAUUCUUUGUCAAGUCCUUGUUUUUUCUGUUAGCACUCCGACUGUAUUGCUGCUUGAAACAGACAGAUAAUCACACUGUCAUUUAAAAUGACAGAUCUCAUUCACUUCUGAGGAAGUUUCUGAGCGAAAUGCCCUUCAGUUUCAAGUAUUCAAGCAUUGGUAAAGUCUUAGUCAAGGUUUUUACAGAUCACAUUGUGUCUGUCCAUGUACUGUAUGGCUGAUUUGGUUUUGGCACUAAACUUGAGCUGGUUAGGGCUUGAGCCAUUAACUAUAUGUGUGUUUAUUUUGCUCCGUUUUAAAAACUGCAUCCAAGUGUUUCUGAAGCACUAACACCUCAAAAACAGCCUUUUGUGGAGUUGUAGCUACCAUGUGUUUUUCAGAUUUGCUACAAGUCGCAACCUGAGAUAUUGUUUUCCUUUUUUUCUGUCUACCUUGUAAGAAACACUUUCCCACAGCUUCUCAGCUGGAACGUGGUUGAACCACUUGCAGUCUUUUCUAAUAGUUUAUGUACUGAGCUUUGACUCUCGUCUCUGUCUCCUGUAUAAAGUUAUUAAUUACAGCAAUUGUGUUAAAUGCAGCUUUAUGAUUAUGUAGUAAUGAAGUAGUAAAACUCUAUUUUGAAAAAUAAGAUAAUUUUGAAAAAAAAAUUAAAACACGCCACAGUGUGAUGCAACAAACGUAUAUGUGUAAAUAAGGUACCAUUUAUUUGCUGAAAAUGAAAGGUAUUGAAUUGAUAAAAUAGGAUUUUAAAAAAGUAAAUUCACUUUUUGUCAGUGAAAAUUUACUUUACUCCCCUCAGUGUCAUUGUUAAAACUAAUUUAUACCAGACACCAGUUGAGGUAACAUUUUUACCCUCAGCUACAAUAACCAACAGUGUUUCUUCAUGUAUUAGUUCUAACAUAUAAACCUCUGUGGAAUCUGUAUUUGUUGUCCCAGGUACAAUUCACUUAGUUACAGUUAAGCUGGUGUUGAACGACCAGUGUAAAUGGUGAUUGUGUUAUCACUGGCUGAAACCUUGAAUACUGCAGAGGCCAUGUUAGUGCUGCAGGAAGGACUGUGAACAGUCCACUCAGUGGUUCUGAGACAUUGCAAACUUGACAAAUAAACUUACAUUGUU